AUGGCAAAUCAUGGGUUAAUUCAUGGAGAUUUCAAUGAAUUCAAUCUCAUUUUGGAUAAAGAUGACCACAUCACCAUGAUUGAUUUUCCACAAACGGUUUCAACUUCUCAUCCUGACGCUGAAUGGUAUUUUGACAGAGAGUUUAAAUGCAUUAGAGAUUUCAUGAAACGUUUCAGCUAUGAAAGUGAACUUUAUCCAAUGUUUAGCGAUAUCAGGAGGACGGAGUCUCUUGAUGGAGAGGUCUCAGCCAGUGGCUACACAGAGGGGGUGCAGGCAGAUGCUGAACUGCUUCACCCUGUAGGUCCAGGUGAUAAAAAUGUUGCAACUGAAGAAGGAUCUGAAUUCUCAUUUUCUGAUGAAGAAAUGUCAGGAAAAGCAAAGGUUUGUAGGUCAGAAACUGGAAAUGAACAAAGCUCUCUAUGUGAGUCAGAUGGCUGCUGCCUCAGGUUAUCUAGAGACCUUAAACAAAUAAAGGAAGACAGUGUAUCAGAGGAGAGUGCUGAUAGACACAAUUUUGAAAUGACUGAAUUCAAUCAACCUUUAGAAGAAAUAAAAGGACACGUUGUUGAAAAUUCUGAAACUGAGUUUUCUGAGGAGCAAAACAGAACUGAAAAUGACACGAAGGAAGAUGGUCAGUCAGGUCAAGGGAGAAUCCCCACUGGCUCUGAGGAGUGUGAUGAUAAACACCCUCAUCUGAGUGCCUUGUCAUUAUUAAACAACGAAUUCAGGCCUUUCAGAGAUGAAGAAAAUAUGAGAGAUAUUAUUCAGUAUAGAACAAGAACUCAGUGUUACUUCUUCAGACAGUGCUGUAAGCGUUCAACAAUUCCUCUGGUUGUGAAAUGUCAGUUGAUAAAACAGCAAAAGGCAGCUGUCAGACAUCGAUUGCAGAAAGGAGAAGCAAAUAUAUUUAACAAACAAUGGAGGGAAAACAUGCAAAAUAUUAAAUCAAGCUUGGAAGCAGCUAGCUUUUGGGGAGACUAA